AUGGCAACAGCAGCAGGACACCACCACCACCAGAUGACCAGGAGGCACACUACCGACCACAGCCACCAGGAGGCAAACUACCAACCACAGCAGCAGACGACACCCACACAACCCGGACCAGAGCCCAAAUGGGCGUCACCUCCGCGCUCGUUACCCGUCACCACCGCCGUCACAUCCGCGCUCGUUACCCGUCACCUCCGCGCUCGUUACCCGUCACCUCAACGCUCGUUACCCGUCACCUCCGCGCUCGUUAGCCGUCACAUCCGCGCUCGUUACCCGUCACCUCCGCGCUCGUUACCCGUCACCUCAACGCUCGUUACCCGUCACCUCCGCGCUCGUUACCCGUCACCUCCGCGCUCGUUACCCGUCACCGCCGCGCUCGUUACCCGUCACCUCCGCGCUCGUUACCCAUCACCUCCACGCUCGUUAGCCUUAGCCGUCACCUCCGCGCUCGUUACCCGUUACUGCCGCGCUCUUUACCCGUCACCUCCACGCUCGUUACCCGUCACCUCCGCGCUAGUUAGCCGUCACCUCCGCGCUAGUUACCCGUCACCUCCGCGCUCGUUACCUGUCACCUCCGCGCUCUUUACCCGUCACCUCCGCGCUCGUUACCCGUCACCUCCGCGCUCGUUACCCGUCACCUCCGCGCUCGUUACCCGUUACUGCCGCGCUCUUUACCCGUCACCUCCACGCUCGUUACCCGUCACCUCCGCGCUCUUAGCCGUCACCUCCGCGCUCGUUACCCGUCACCGCCGCGCUCGUUACCCGUCACCACCGCCGUCACAUCCGCGCUCGUUACCCGUCACCUCCGCGCUCGUUACCCGUCACCUCAACGCUCGUUACCCGUCACCUCCGCGCUCGUUAGCCGUCACAUCCGCGCUCGUUACCCGUCACCUCCGCGCUCGUUACCCGUCACCUCAACGCUCGUUACCCGUCACCUCCGCGCUCGUUAGCCGUCACCGCCGCGCUCGUUACCCGUCACCUCCGCGCUCGUUAGCCGUCACCUCCGCGCUCGUUACCUGUCACCUCCGCGCUCUUUACCCGUCACCUCCGCGCUCGUUACCCGUCACCUCCGCGCUCGUUACCCGUCACCUCCGCGCUCGUUACCCGUUACUGCCGCGCUCUUUACCCGUCACCUCCACGCUCGUUACCCGUCACCUCCGCGCUCGUUACCCGUCACCUCCGCGCUCGUUAGCCGUCACCUCCGCGCUCCCGUCACCGCCGCGCUCGUUACCCGUCACCUCCGCGCUCGUUACCCGUCACCUCCGCGCUCGUUACCCGUCACCUCCGCGCUCGUUACCCGUCACCGCCGCGCUAGUUAGCCGUCACCUCCGCGCUCGUUACCCGUCACCGCCGCGCUCGUUACCCGUCACCACCGCCGUCACAUCCGCGCUCGUUACCCGUCACCUCAACGCUCGUUACCCGUCACCUCCGCGCUCGUUAGCCGUCACAUCCGCGCUCGUUACCCGUCACCUCCGCGCUCGUUACCCGUCACCUCAACGCUCGUUACCCGUCACCUCCGCGCUCGUUAGCCGUCACCGCCGCGCUCGUUACCCGUCACCUCCGCGCUCGUUAGCCGUCACCUCCGCGCUCGUUAGCCGUCACCCGUCACCUCCGCGCUCGUUAGCCGUCACCUCCGCGCUCGUUACCCGUCACCUCAACGCUCGUUACCCGUCACCUCAACGCUCGUUACCCGUCACCUCCGCGCUCGUUACCCGUCACCUCCGCGCUCGUUACCCGUCACCUCAACGCUCGUUACCCGUCACCUCCGCGCUCGUUACCCGUUACUGCCGCGCUCUUUACCCGUCACCUCCACGCUCGUUACCCGUCACCUCCGCGCUAGUUAGCCGUCACCUCCGCGCUAGUUACCCGUCACCUCCGCGCUCGUUACCUGUCACCUCCGCGCUCUUUACCCGUCACCUCCGCGCUCGUUACCCGUCACCUCCGCGCUCGUUACCCGUCACCUCCGCGCUCGUUACCCGUUACUGCCGCGCUCUUUACCCGUCACCUCCACGCUCGUUACCCGUCACCUCCGCGCUCGUUACCCGUCACCUCCGCGCUCGUUACCCGUCACCUCCGCGCUCGUUAGCCGUCACCUCCGCGCUCGUUACCUGUCACCUCCGCGCUAGUUAG